AAUAAAAAUAACACUUUCAUAAUUUUUGAAAUAUAUAAGUUUGAAACUGUUGUUUAAAAUGUAAAAGGACCUCGUCCGUUAUGUCUAACAAAAUAUUGGGAUAAAUGUGAAAAAUGUGUGUCGCUUUUAUACUGUCAAAUGUUUACAAACUAUAUUUAACUAACAUUUGUAAAAUAGCCCUCUUAGAAAUAUACAUAUGUGAUAAUUGAAUUCAUAUUAGUGUUUUAAAAUGCACUUAUCUUCCUAUUAUAAAACGUAUUUUAAAAAUGUACCCGCCUGGAUUAUGGACUUUCGAGCGGCAUUUCAUGGAGCUUUAUAACAGAUAUGCAUUAGGCAUACAUAAAUAAAUCAUAGAUAUUGGACUGGAUUGCCCAGUUGGAAAUGCACACUAAUAUGACGUCAGAUCGUAGUGGUGGAGGAGGCGGUUCCUGGAGACUACCACCGGAUGAAACUCUGCAGGUGCAAGAUCCAAAGCAAAAAGAUCAUGAUUUCGAUUUUGAUGAAGGUCACAAUUGGCGAAGUAUAAUCUUAUCAUUGCUUGUUAUUAGCUUUGUUGUAUCUGGAAUCGUAACUGCUAUAUAUUUAUUAGGAUAUGUUGACGAACUUCUGUAUUGGUCGGGUCGCAGAAUGAUAUUAGACGAAUACUUGCAAGGAGAUUUAAUACCUAGAAGGUUACCUUCUUCUUGGGUAACAACUCAGAAGUAUGUUUUUCAAUCAGAUGAUGGAAGUCUAGCAGUCUUGGAUACCACCACAAACUUAGUAAAAGUAUUGGUAACUAAUCACACUCUUCGCCAACUAAAUGUUCGAAGGUAUUUGUGCUCCAGCGAUCUAAAAUAUGUUUUAUUCACGCAUAAUGUAAAAAAAAAUUUUCAGAAAUCAUUUACCGCAUUUUAUACAAUUUAUGAUGUAACCAAUGAUCAUCACACGCCAGUAAAAUUAAAAGACACAUUAAAGGUACAAAGAACUCGCCUUCAGUAUGCAUCUUGGCUUGGCAAUACGACUGCAAUAAUAUUUGUAGUAAAAAAUGAUAUUUUUAUUCGACAAUCGCCUUUAGUGGAGGAAGAUAUAAGAAUAACCUCUUCUGGACAUGAAAACCAUAUAUAUAAUGGUGUUCCUGAUUGGCUUUACCAAGAAGAAAUUUUUGAAACUCCAGAGGCGAUUUGGACAUCGUCUGAUGGAACACAUUUUAUGUACGCACUAUUUAAUGACACCAAUGUCGGAAUGAUGACGUACCCGUGGUUAUCGUCUGGAGCUUUAUUCUCUGGAAGUGGGAUAUUUUCUGGAAGUAUUUUUCCCGAAACAAAAAUGGUUAGAUUUCCAACUCCAGGAACCACUAAUCCCGAAGUGGAGUUGUGGGCAGUUGACAUAACUAAUCUGAGCGACAUUCAAAAAUUUAAUAUUAAACCUCCUGCCACUAUUUAUGGACAAGACUAUUACCUCACAUCAGCAGGUUGGAUAUCUGAUAGCAAUUGUCAAGUAUCGGUUGUUUAUAUGGGAAGAUCUCAAAAUUACAGUGUUAUUUCAUUGUGUUCUAAAGAAGAAGACUGGAAAUGCUUGGAAGUUCACUCCGAACGUGCACCAGAAGAUGAAUGGUUGGAUAUCUUUCCCCACCCGGUAUUUUCUUCAGACGGUAGCAGUUUCUUAUUUUUGGCGAAUAUUCAGGAGUCAGAAAACUACCAAUUUACACAUAUUAAACAUGUAAUGAUAUCACAGCGAAGAAUUUCUGUUAUUUCUCAUGGUCGAUAUGAAGUGACCAAAAUUUUGUGUUGGGAUACAAUAAACCACAAGGUAUAUUUUAUGGCUACGCAAGAUAAAAAGCCUGGACAGCGGCACUUGUAUUCAGUUCAAGAUCCAAUACAUGAUGAUAUAAGAAAAGUUGAACCACAGUGCAUAACAUGUGAUUUGGGUGAUGAUCUUUGGAGUAGUCGAUACUAUUAUACAAACUGCACACAUUUUGAAGCCUUUAUAACACCAUCAUUAGGUGUUGCCACUAACUAUGGAAUUGAGUUUUACAUUUUGGAAUGCCAAGGUCCAGGACUACCUGUAUCUGGAGUACAUAUGCAGACCACUCAUAGUUUAGUCAAAAUUUUGUAUGAUACAAGGCCAUUUUAUACAGAAAGGCUACAAAAGCUAGCUUUACCGACCCAGCGAUCUUUUGAAGUGCCAUUACCGCAUGGAGGUCGAGCUCAAGUUCAAUUACUACUUCCACCCAGCUGGAGAGAGGAGUUACGGGAUGCUGCUUUUCCAGUUAUUGUUGAAGUCAAUGGACGCCCCGGCUCAGAAUCAGUUUCUGAGAAGUUUAAAAUCGACUGGGGUACAUACAUGUCAUCAAGAAAUGAUGUUGUGUAUAUCCGCCUAGAUGUACGUGGGUCCAAGGGUCAAAGUAAAAAAACACUAUAUCGUCAUUUAGGAGGAGUAGAAGUUUUAGAUCAAAUUUCUGUUAUUGGGUAUUUGCUGGACACAAUAGGUUUUUUAGAUGAAACUAGAGUAGGUAUGUGGGGGUGGGGUUAUGGUGGUUAUGUAACCUCAAUGGCUCUCGGUACGCAACAGGACGUAUUUAAAUGUGGAAUCGCAGUGUCUCCUACUGCAGACUGGCUCUAUUCAACGUUUACUGAGCGUAUAUUGGGCCUGCCUGCUGAAAAUUUUAAAGGCUAUGUAGAGGCUGAUGCAACUCAAAGGGCCCGCCUAAUUAAAUCCAAUUCAUACUUUUUGAUUCAUGGCCUAGCAGAUACCACAGCUCCCUUCGUCCAUGGAGUGCAAUUAGCAAAAUCUUUGACAAGCGCCAACAUUCUAUUUCGAUAUCAGACUUAUGCAGAUGAAGGCCACGACUUAAGUGGUGUACUCGAACAUGUAUAUUCUUCAAUGGAGCAAUAUUUUGCAGAAUGCUUAAGCUUGGAUCCGGAUGAUACAAAACCAGAAGUUGAUAACAGCAUAGUCCCAGCUGAAUAAAUAAUUUUAGUUUGAAUAACAUGUAAAUAUUAAAAAAUUUGCGCAUUGAACACUUUUGUUUAUUUUUAUUUUGUUCGAGG